UGGUCCAAACAAGAUGACCUGCCGACCACUUUCGACGUUGAUUCAGGUUCUCCUGGGACUGCUGAUCGCUACCGGAGUGGCCUCCCAGGCUCCCGCCAGCGAGUUCACGUUCGGGACGUACCUGCCUACGCUGACACCGUGCUACAGUACGAAUGUCAACAAAAAAAUCGUCACCCUGGGUCCCAUUUCCGAGACUGUGGGAUUUACACCGAUGCUUAUAAAUAUCGUCGUAAAGUGCCAAAACGCCGCGAAUCGAUCCCAGAAAGUCCGAUCAGGAUGAACCGCACCACCGUACUACUGCUGCUGAUCCUGGCUGGGGCGUUCUUCACGGGUUCGGAGGCGCAAAUCACCAGCAACUUCUUCCCGGCCAGCGAGUACACCUUCGGAAUCUACACCCCGGUGUUGACGCCGUGUUUCAGCAACAACGUCAACCGAUAUGCGUUAAGUUUGUUCCCGAUAAUGCAAACCUUUAUGUUCACCCCGGCCACCGUCAUACGUUACAUCCGAGUUUGGUCAGACAACCUGGUGCCGUUCUACGCCAACGUACUGACCGGGGGAGUUGGCACUGCCGUGGCCACCGCCGUUCAAGUUUCGUCCGUGCACGGCGGAAGGUUGCAAGUCAAUAUACAAGCGUACUGUGUGUAAUAAAAGGUUGGAUUUGUUUGGCAUUUA